UUUAAAUCCCACACCCUUCGGUCAACCCUCUAUCCAUUAUCUGUCAACACCACUGAUCAACACUUCAGUCCUUCAUUUUAUCUUCGAUUCUUGCAUGCUUCUUCUAUAAAAUUUUUAUCUCCUGAUCAGGGACAAUACCUGGAGUCUUCGCGAUUUCACUCUAUUACCCCGGAUUUUCGUCGCAUAUCCAAUCAGACCGGUCGGUCGUCAUGAUUGCCGACCUGCUCUCGCUGCAGGCCACCCCUUACCUUUUCCUGGGCUUGGUGGCCGUCUAUUAUCUUCUCCCCUACUUACAAGUCUGGCGUCUACGUGAUAUCCCUUCUCCUGGCUUCGCUGCCUUCUCCAACUUCUGGCUCCUCCUUCAAACCCGUCGCGGAUCUCGGUAUCUCGUUGUCGAUGAUGCCCACAAACGCCAUGGCAAACUCGUCCGCAUCGCGCCCCGCCAUGUCUCCAUCGCCGAUGACGACGCGAUCCAGGCUGUUUACGGUCAUGGAAAUGGUUUCUUGAAGGCGGACUUUUACGAUGCCUUUGUUUCCAUUCGUCGCGGUCUGUUCAACACCCGCGACCGUGCGGAGCACACCCGCAAGCGCAAGACCGUGUCGCACACCUUCAGUAUGAAGUCUAUCGGCCAGUUCGAGCAGUACAUUCACGGCAACAUUGAGCUUUUCGUUCAGAAGUGGACGAACAUGGCCAACACCCGGCGCGACCCCCGCACCGGCUACGCCAGUCUCGAUGCUCUCAACUGGUUCAACUAUCUGGCUUUCGAUAUUAUUGGAGAUCUUGCUUUCGGUGCUCCCUUUGGUAUGCUUGAGAAGGAGCAGGAUAUCGCUGAGAUGCGCAAGACCCCGGAUUCUCCUCCUUCCUAUGUCCAGGCUGUUGAGGUGCUCAACCGCCGUGGUGAAGUCUCCGCCACCCUCGGCUGUUACCCCGCGCUGAAGCCGUUUGCCAAGUACAUUCCCGACCGGUUCUUCAGGGAUGGUAUGGAAGCUAUUGAGAACUUGGCUGGUAUUGCUGUCGCUCGAGUCAACGAGCGUCUGCGUCCUGAGGUGAUGGCCAACAACACUCGUGUGGAUCUCCUUGCUCGUCUCAUGGAAGGAAAGGACGGGAAUGGUAACAAGCUUGGUCGUGAGGAGUUGACUGCCGAGGCCCUGACUCAGUUGAUUGCUGGUUCCGAUACUACCUCCAACACCUCCUGCGCUAUCCUAUACUGGUGCAUGCGCACCCCUGGUGUGAUUGAGAAGCUCCACAAGGUUCUCGAUGAGGCCAUUCCCAAGGAUAUUGAGGUGCCCACCCACGCCAUGGUCAAGGAGAUUCCUUACCUGCAAUGGGUCAUCUGGGAAACCAUGCGUAUCCACAGCACGUCGGCGAUGGGCCUUCCCCGUGAAAUUCCCGCUGGCAACCCUCCCGUCACUAUCUCCGGCCACACCUUCUACCCCGGGGACAUUGUCUCUGUGCCGAGCUACACCAUUCACCACUCCAAGGAGAUCUGGGGCCCUGACGCCGACGACUUUGUCCCCGAGCGUUGGGACCCUGCCCGUCUCACUGCCCGCCAGAAGGCCGCGUUCAUUCCCUUCAGCACCGGUCCCCGUGCCUGCGUUGGUCGCAACGUUGCUGAAAUGGAGUUGCUUGUUAUCUGUGGCACCGUCUUCCGCUUGUUCGAGUUCGAGAUGCAGCAGGAUGGACCCAUGGAGAGCCGCGAGGGCUUCCUACGUAAGCCUCUUGGGCUGCAGGUUGGCAUGAGAAGAAGACAGGUCGGCGCUUAGCUUGGUGUUAUAGGAUUGGGCCAGUGCGUUUGAGUUGGAUUUGACGAACCCGAAAUUGCAUGUUUGAAGGAAGGACGGAUGGCAUUUUGUAUAGAUGGAUGAUAUGAUGAGAUGACAAUCUAGCUAUGAGAUAGCUCUGCACAUAUAUAUG